GGAAAAUUUUCAGCUACAGUGGAUUUUAUUGAUUUUGCAAACUGGAAAGAAUAUGUUUUUGAACCAGUUGAAUGUUCGUUUGAGGCAGCAGCAGAAAAAUCUCUUGAGCUCGGUGCUCUCAAACCAUUUGAUACUCAGUCGAUCAAUUGUAAUCGUUCCAAAGUCAAAAUCUCAUCCGGACUCAAAUUCAAAAUCAAAACCAAAAUCAAAAACAAACCAGGAAAUAUUUCAGCCUGACUUAAAAAAUCAAUUAAAGACACAAAAGGAUGUGUUGGAUUAUGUAUAUUAUGGAAACCAAACUGAUACCAAAAAGGGCACAGAUAUUUAUUUAGAAAGAAUAAAACGAAUAGAAAAGGCAGUCAAAGUAAUAAAAAAAAAUACCGAACAUGAAAAGAAUAAACAAAUGAAUCAGCAGUUUGAUGCGAAAAACCAUGAUUACAAGAAAGAUGCUGAAUCGAUACUUAAUGAGUUAUUACCUGAGCCAUCCACUAAUAUAAAGGUUAAUCUCCUGAAAUCUUUACCUUCCAAUACAACCCUAGAAUUGCCCAAUUCAGUGAUUCAGAAUCAAACUAAAAAAUUUGAUAACUCACUAAACUCCCUAUUUGAUAAAGCUGCUCCAGGUAUUAACUUGCCUGAAAGAGUUUAUGAUAAAAUCAAGAAUUCAUCAAUUAUCUAUUUAAUUUCAAAACAAAACCAAAAUUGGAUCGAGGUCAUCAAGGAUUUAUAUCUCAGCCGCAAUGGAUUUGAAGAUCUUGAAAUUGGGGACAUUGAAAAACUAUACACUUUAAUUCCCAAUGAUCAAAAGACAAAAAUCAAUUCAUUGUUUUUUGAAAUGUUAUCGGAUGUAAAUAAACAACCCUCUAGAUUUAUAUAUGAUUUAGCAAUAAACUCCUUUGCUGACCAGGGCAACGUUCAUUUUUCAGAAUGUUUUUAUCAACAAUUAAUAGCCGAAGGGAAAAGACCAGGAAAACAAACCUUUGGCAAUAUUUUCAAAUCCUUUUUCAAAUUUAUUAAAUUCAAUACUGAUACUGAAUUAGUAACAAGCUUUCAAUCUGAAGAUAUCACCGAAAAAUUAAAUUAUUAUUUAAGUGAAAUGAAAAAAUAUAAAAUCAAUAUAAAAGAAAAUUUAGUUAUAAUAACAAUACUUUUACAAAUAUCGACAAAAUUGAAAAAUAAACAACAGGUUGUCGAAAUCUUUGAUAUGGUCAAAUUCCUAUCAAUUGGCGCUGAUGUGCAUUUUUACAAUUCAAUUUUUACGUUUUAUACUGAUUUCGAUACACAAAAUAUCUUUAAAUGUUUAGAUUUGUUUGAAGAUAUGAGAACAAAUGGCAUUGAGCCAGAUGCAAGAACUUAUGAAAUUUUGUCAAGAGUUUGUUUUUCAAAGGAUGAAUACAUGUUACAGGCCUGGGAGUUUUUUCUGAAGGCCUAUGUCAAAAAUAAUUAUGAGAUAAACGAGCAAUUAUUAAUUUUAUUGAUGUCGUUAUGUUCAAAGGAUAACGAUUUAGUCAUGGUAAGAGUGUUGUUUUUAAACCUUUACCAGAGAAUAAAAAAAAUCAGUCCCGAAGUUUUGUUUGUGCUAUUUUCAAGUUAUAGAACCUUUAUUAAUAACAAAAUUAAAAGUCAAACAAACCAAGUUGAAAAAUUGCCCUUGAUGUUGGCCACUGAUUUUGGAAAGAAUUUGCGAACUAAUCUAUUGCAUUCGAUCAAUUUUAAAUCAAAUAGAAUCGAACAAGAAGAAGGAUAUGAAGAUUUGAAAACUUCGCCAAAUAGGCUUGAUUUUAAUCAAGUAACGCUACCAUUUAUACCGGUAUACGAAUUAAAAACUGAUGAACAAGUUCUAUUUGAAUCAGACGCCAUUUGGUCAUACAUUUUACUUGAACAUCCCGAUAUCAUCAAUUUUAGGACAGUUGGUGCAUAUUUACAAAUUUCAACUGAACAUGCUAAAAGUUUGGAUGAAUUUAAGAAAAGAUAUGAAAACUUUACAUAUUUGGAUGAUGACGGAUUGAAAUUUAAGAAGUUAGAUAAAGGUUUGAUAAUCGAUAAUAGUAAUACCAACGAAAACAAAACAACUGCAGAAGAGGAAGAAGGUAAAAGUGAGAAUCAAGAUGAGGAUGGUUCUAAAGAUGAAUAUGACAUUGAGAUUGAAGAUGGCAUUGAAAUUGAAAACGAUAUUAAAACAACAAUUCCACAACAGGCUGAAAAACCUGAAGCACUCGAGUUGGCUAAAAACCUUGGAUAUAAAAUAGCGAGAAACAGUUAUAUUUACAAGAUUGCUUUGGCAGCUGCGAAGAAUUUCAAAGACAUAGGAUUUGCUCAAGAGGUUUGGAUGGAAAGAGGUAAAUUCAGAAAGACACGAUUGUUCAAAUCCUUGCCUCCAGAUGUUCGAAAAGAGGAAGACUUUACGUUUGCAGUAAAAUUGGUGGGUACAUUUUCUGAGAUAGGAUACUUGAGAGAUGCACUCAGUAUCAUCACUAGUACGGAGAAUCAGUUCAAAUGGACAUACUACUUGGUAAAGAACUUCUACAUCAAGGCUCAAGAAAUGGGCGACACAUUCACAGUGAGAAAGCUUCACUGGAUUUUGAACAAAGACAAAAUGGACCGAAACCAGAUAAAGAAGAAGUUGUACCAGCGAAACAACGAGAGGCAGGGGCCCAGAGACAACUACCCAGACAAGAGGAGGAGCAGGUGGUGAAGCCAGCUAAGAAGCCCCAUACAUAUGUACUAUACACUGUAAAUAACACAGCUCCAGCCCGGCUGGAAAAAAAAUAAGUAAAAACAGCAGAAGCAGC